AAUUCACUGUGUCGUGGAAUAUUGACCUCGCUUGAACAUAGCACAGCACGUGAUAUCGCAAGGGAUUAACACUGUAUUGAGUGCCACGAAUGAAGGAUUAAACCCGCGUUCUAGUUGACUGAAGACUGCGACUGAAUACCCCUUUGUAUUUUUAAGAAAAGUUGUGACAGAUAUUCUGAAGAGCUGUUCGAGCGGUCCGACAUGGCGCGCGGGACGAAAGUUCAGCCAUUUCAACCACCUUCACAAGCUCGAAGACCAGUUGCUCGAAAUGACAGGCUUAUGUCUUACUCAACCAAAACCACAUUCUGUGUUAAAUACACAAUGUUCUUCAUGAAUGUUCUGUUUUGGUUGAUAAGCUGUAUUAUUCUGGCGAUUUCCUCCUAUGCGAUGGUGAAUAAGAAGGAACUUUAUGGCAAGGUCAACAAUUUGGCUACCGACCCCGCGGUUAUGCUAGCGAUCGCUGGCGUUCUGAUGUUUGUCAUCUCGUUCAGCGGAUGUCUUGGUGCAUUGAGGGAGAACGUUUGUAUGUUACGAUUCUAUUCCAUUAUGCUUGGAAUAAUGCUUCUUUUGGAAAUUGUAGCCGCUGUGUUGGGGUACGUUUAUGCGGGGGAAGUAAAGCAACAAGUCGAGAAAGCUGUGGAUCAUAUUAUAGUCCGCUAUCGCGACGACCCCGAUUUGCAAAACAUUAUAGACCUCUUACAGAAAGAGCUCAAAUGCUGCGGCAGCAAAGACUACAAAACAUGGGAACAAAACGUGUACUUUAAUUGCUCAUCGCCCAGUGUGGAAAGAUGCGGUGUCCCAUUUUCUUGUUGUAUUAGUGACCAGAUAAAUUCCCAGUGUGGGUUUGGGGCAAUCAAAAUGAGCGAAAGUGAAGCCUCCAAGGUUAUUUACACUAAGGGCUGUAUCCAAGGGGCUGAGUCUUGGUUUAUGACUAACUUAAUUAUGAUGGCCUCCAUAGCCGCAUCCCUACCAGCAACGCAAAUUCUAGGAUACUGCUUGGCUAGAAGACUGAUAGAAGAUAUACGGGAUAUCAUACGAAGGCAACAGCAAGCCUGGGGCUAGUGCCCGUAAAGCAAAGUUUGCUUUUACAUGCGUGUCGCGUGUCACGAGAGCCAAAAUAUGUAAAUUGUUUGUGUGGGCUCCAAUCCGCGUCUAUGGUAUUCAGUAAUGGAUAUUGGUGUGAUUAUCUGUCUGUUGUGAAACUCAUUUGUGGAACAUUCUUCACAAAUUGUAAAUAUAAUACAUAAUUUAUUUCUAGAAAAUUCAAUCGAUUUGAAGGAACGGAUUAUAGUCCCAAUAAAUUUGAACAAAAAUCACUUUCUGAAAGUGAUCUCGCUUCGUCUUUUCCUUCUAGCAGAGGCCUCUUUUCUCUUUAUUUCACUGGGAUGGCUGAGAUAUGCAGAAGAAAGAGGCCUCUGCUAUCAGGAAAAAAAUUGACAUUGUGUAUUUAAAGCAGAUUAAUUUUGUUUUACAGAGAAAUGUUCUGUACUAUACUAUGCUAAUGUACUAGGUCCCCCCCAAAUGCUGUGACUUCAAGGAAGUAAGGAAACACAGACUUUCAUAGAUUCAACCAGAAACUUAAACAAAGUGUCAUUUAGUGUCAGCGCACGACGAUACAACAAAUAAACGUCUUAUAAACAGCAA